AUGAAAAACAGUUGUCCAAUUCUUGGUCCUCAAUGUGAUUACUGUGAGUGCACAGGUAGUGGAUGUCAGUCUCAAUUCCCAGGACUGAAAGUGGAGUGGCCAGAGCUAAAUGGAGUAAGUGGAGUCGAAGCAAAGAGAAAGAUUGAAAGGGACAAUCCCCACGUGACUGCUUUUAUAUAUCCUCAAAAUGUCUAUCUACCAGCCAUCAAUUGUUGUAACCGUGUUAUCCUCAAAGUUCCAAGCAACAAUUGCCCCAACGGACCGGUCCUCAAUCGUCCUAAGGUCGGAUGA